CACCAUCUGCAUAGGAAGUCCAUUUUAUUGUUGAACGAAACGCAGACGCGUACGCGUCGUGGUGCAGAGUACGCGCGUUAAUACAUUUUAUUCGUGAAACUUUUGUGACGAAAUUCGCCUAAUAAAUCAAACGGUUACACUAAAAUUGGUCAGUGCGUGUUAUAUAAUCACAUUACAUUGCGCCGAGCCAUGAAAAUGAAAGUGAAAUUACUUAUAGCUGUAACACUGCUAGCAGCAAUCGCCUCUAGCAGCGCUGUGAAAGUGCGUCCUUUGGGAAAAUAUGGACAGAAACGCGCGGUUCAAAGUGAACAGAGAAGGGAAUCACACAAAGCUGCAGAGAAAACUGACGACAGCAUAGCAGAGGAAAAAUCCCAGUCAGAGCUGCGGUCGCCGUUGGUAGCGUCAACUGAGUUGCAGCGCAAGGAGGACGUCGGUAAGGAUGUACACAAGCGUGGCAUCUACUACAACGGUGGCCUAGGAUACGGCGCACAAGCUGCAUAUUGGCCAAAAACCUACGCUUCUCACUAUGGUUACAACUUGAACUUGCCUGGUGCCACUGCGUUCUCCAAUGUUGCAGCGCAUGGACAUGCUCAUCAACCCGUGUACGCGCAUGCGCCCAGCUUUGCUCACGCGCCUGUUUACGCUUCUCACGCGCCUGCCUAUGCAACACACGCGCAUGAGCCCAUUUUUGUGAAAUACCCCAGCGCUGGCGGUUUCCAUCUUAAACACUUCGCCGUUGGACCGGCUGCAUUCCCUGUCGCCAGCUAUGGUGGUUCUGCAAUAGGUCUGGACAACACUGCCAUUGCCUUCGGACCAACUGCUGCUGUGCCAGCGCUUCCACCAACUGAUGUAGCGACGUUGCCACACCCGCACCUGAGUUCAUUCGCGCCAGCUGUGGGUGCUGCUGUAGCACCUGUGGCCCCCGCUAUAGCACCCGUUGCCCAUGCAAGUGCGCCAGUCAAUCCCGCCUUCGCCUCUGCUGCUCCGGUCUCGCCAUACGUUCUGCGCCCCGGCGGUGCUGUUGUCUCCUCCUACAACGUGAACUUUCCUCGGUUCUCGCAGAAACCCGUGUUUGCUGUGCCUCACGUGACACCCGUUCAGCCUGCGGUAGCUCACAUACACCCAGUGCAACCUGUACAGCCAGCUGCAGUGCCAGUGCAACCCGUACAGCCGGUGCAGCCGGUUCAACCGCUUCAUACUGUUGUGCAAGUACAACACACGACUCAUCCCUUUGCAUCUGUACAGCCCUUACAUCACUUCCCUCAUUAUUUCCAGACGAGCUUUGUGCCGCCCCAGCGCAUACCUGUUGCCGUGCCGGCAGCACCCGUACCUCCGAUACCUUCCAUCCCUGCCGUUCCUCUCACGCCUAGCUUCCCUGCCGUGCCUAGUUUCCCGCCAGCGGCAGCUUUGCCCGCAAUACCCACCUUCCCUUCAGCGCCAGCCUUUCCUGCCAUUCCCACAGUGCCUGCUGUUCCUGCUACGCCUGCUGUGCCCACCAUACCUACUGGGAGCAUACCAACGAUUCCACCAACAGCCUCUGCGAACCCCAACCUGGUAUUCCCUCUCGGCGUGCAACCUCCUUCGAGGCCUCAACAGACUCCGACCUUCGUAAGUAUACCAGUGCAACCGGAGGCACAAUUCCCACCACUUGUACCUUUGCCUGGCUCACAACGGCCGGAAACUGGUAGCGCGGAAGCAGCGCCACAAAUUCCAAACAUACCACCAGCGCCAGCACCGCUUCCCGAGCCCGAGCUGCCUGCGCAGGGCUCCCAGGAACCCUGGAAGCCAAUACUGUCCUACGGGCCUCCCAGUGUGGAUCGACCUGCGCUAACUUUACUGCCACCGUAUGGCAGCUCACCGGGAGAGGCUUACUUGCCACCAGCACGCUCACCGCAACAACAACAGUAUCAGCAGCAGCAGCAACAGCAACAACAAGCGGGGCUCUUCGAUAACCUGUCGGACUCGGAAAUCGAGCACAUUUUUGUACAAGCAGCCAACUUGGCUGCGCAACACGCGUCGCAACAGACCCGCCAUCGUACAUUCUCCAACUAUUAGGAAGGGAAGUGAGUUUAGGAUUAAGCGUAGUUAGGAAUUAUUAUAAUUGAAUUCUACUACUUAAGUAUUGCGGGAUCGAAAAACGAAAACUUUCGGGCGGGGAGAAGAAAAACGGUGAUGUUUGCCGAAUUUCGUGGUGAUUGUUAAGUGGAAUUAAUUUAAGUUGUCUCUUAAGUUAUACAUUUAUUUAUUCAAACAAAUAAAAUUGUAAGUAAAAAUUAAACUGAA